GUAUACAGCAUACAUUGUCCCUUCCUCGAGCCGUCACCUUAUUGCGGUGGAGGUUUUUGUGAGUUUUCAUGAUCCUAGGAACGCAGUUUUGGGGGGCUUUAUGCUCCCGGUAGGUUCGUCUCGUGCAAACAGGUCCCAGGUGAGGUCAGUAUGAGAAGCUCACUCAUCCAGGAGGGAGUCAGAGUAGAUCUGUUGUUCCUCCACAUCAAGGGGAGCCAGAUGAGCUGGCUCGGGCAUCUGGUUAGGAUGCCUCCUGGACACCUCCCUGGUAAACUGUUCCAGUCCCCGGGGAAGAGCUGGACAAAGUGGCUGGGAAGAGGGAAGUACAUUAUGGAUAGUAUUUCUCUAUGUCUGCUGAAUGCCUUGACCAUCUUUGUGGCCGGCUUUGCUAUCUUUUCUGUGCUUGGGUUUAUGGCCAAGGAGCAAAGUGUGGACAUAUCCGUGGUGGCUAAAUCAGGUCCGAGUCUGGUAUUCAUCACUUACCCUCGUGCUGUGGCUCUGAUGCCCUUGCCACAACUUUGGGCCAUUUGCUUCUUUGCCAUGAUCGUCUUUUUAGGAUUAGAUAGCCAGUUUGUUUAUCUAGAGGCGCUGGUCAUUAACAUUGUUGAUGCGUUCCCUUCCAUCCUUGGAAAUAAAUGUCGACGCAAGCUCCUUGUUCUUGCAAUUAGUGUUGCAAGCUUCUGUGCAGGCCUUAUAAUUGCUACAGAGGGAGGCCUCUAUCUUUUCCAGCUGUUUGACCAUUACUCCUGCAGUGGAAUGACUAUUCUUGUUUUUGCCAUUCUUGAGUCUGGCUGCAUCGGAUGGGUUUAUGGGCCAGAUCGUCUGUAUGAUAACAUAAAGGACAUGAUUGGCUAUCAGCCGUGGCCUUUUAUGAAAUACUGCUGGAAGUACCUGACACCAGCUAUCUGCAUUUGCAUUUUGAUAUUUACUUUUGUCAAAUCCACACCACUCCAACUCAACAACACUUACGAAUACCCGUGGUGGGGCUACACAAUUGGAGGAGUGCUCGCUCUGUCGUCACCGCUCGACUGCUGUUGAAGAUGCUCUAUGAUUUCAGUGUCGCUCCUGGGACUCUAAAGACAGGGUAUUGAAUUGAUCACAUCUGGACUGUUCUGGUUGUCUUCGAAGACGUUUCACCUCUUAUCCAAGCAGGCUUCAUCAGUUCCUGCAGUAAGGCUAGAACUAGCCUGAGUUGGUGUGGGAAAAACUCAAGUAAUUAUCCUCCAAGUUAGAGGCAUGCUCCAAACCAGGAAUGGUAUCAUUCCUUUGGAAUGCAAAACCGACAGCCCUAAGGAUCCCAGGUCACUGUCUGUUAACACAAGUCGUUAGGUGGACUUGGUGGCUCCAUACAAAUAAACGGUCAAGCUGCAAAGGUAAUGAAUUUGACACUGAAUUUCACAAUUUUGGAGUCGUGCUGUUUGGUAUGAUUAUUUGCUGAAGUAGUACACUACAUGCCUUCAGUAAGGUGACUGUAGAAGAGAGAAACAUUUCUUUUUAAACAUUUAUUAGGACAAUUUUCAGCCAGUCAGUCGUGAGCACUGUAUUGAGUCUCACAGUUUAUAUAGGCUCAUUUCUUACAAUAAGAUUCCGUAAAAGCAAAGACUUAAGCUGGACGUUAGUGACUUAGAAAAUAAAAGCUCUCCAAUUUGGACAUUCGCUGAUGAGUAUUUGCUUCAAAAAUAAUUGUCGUUUAAAUUGUUUUACAACUCUGUGUGUAGGACUCGUGACUGAAAAAAUAAAAAGCCAUAAAAAUGUUGUUUCAGUGUACACCACGCUUACACAUCUCAUGUGAUCCACAACACCUUUUCCAAAAAUAUUUCUGAGUGAUAACAUUAUGACUGUGGUUGUUGUUUGCUGUGUUGGACAAGUGCCAUACUGACAGCCAUUUCUAAUACAGUAUUACAUAACUUAGCAUGAGGGGUGCAGCAAUACAUAUGAUAAUAAAUAUAUUGUUAAAUACCGCUAUAACAGUGCAUAGUAAUUUUAUAUGGAAUCCAUUAAAUGGACUAUCAGAGGAAAGUGAUUGGUCAGUGAGAGCUUUGACGGGAUAUGCUGUUGAUUUAUUUGUAGGAAAAAAAAUUAUGGAAGUUGAAUGAUGUUACUGUUUAAAAACUAAUUGACAGUUGACAUGUGGCUCACAGUAAAUGAUAUGUGUCCUUACUCCUUUAUUAUAAAAGUGU